AUGGCAAUAGUCGAUCCAGAUUAUAAAUUUAUUUGUGUCGAUGUUGGUGGUUACGGACGAAACUCAGAUGGUGGAAUUUUAGAAGAAUCGGUAAUGGGUAAACGUUUGGAAGCUGGGACAUUAAGUGUGCCAAAAGGUGUACCAUUUCCUGGGCAAAUAGAAGACACACCCAUGGUUUUGAUUGGUGAUGAAGCAUUUGCAUUAAAAACAUAUUUAAUGAAACCAUUUCCACGUAGGCAAUCCAGAAACAAUACGAGAUUGGACACCUACAAUUAUAGAUUAUGUAGAGCUAGGCGAGUUGUCGAAAACGCAUUUGGCUUUUUAUCAAAAAAAUGGAGAGUUUACAAAGGGCCUAUAGAACUAAAAGAAGAUACAACUAUUAAAGUUAUAUUAGCAACUUGUAUAUUGCACAAUUAUUUACGUGUAAAAAAAAUGUGA